UCGUUGUUGUCACGGAUGAGGCCCACUCCUGUUGUGUCGUCCGCAUACUUCACAAUGAGGUUAGUCGUGGACCUGUCGCAGCAGUCAUGGGUCAUCAACGAGAACAGCAGCGGACUCAGGACACAGCCCUGGGGGGUAGCCAGUGCUCAGUGCGACCCAGGAGAAGCCACCAAGUUGCUGUACGACCUUCUCUACACGGAGCCCAUCAAGAUCGUGCUGAUGCCAGGAUGCAGCGGCGUCUCCACGCUGGUGGCAGAAGCAGCUCGAAUGUGGAACCUCAUCGUGCUCUCGUAUGGCUCCAGCUCACCGGCUUUGUCCAACCGCCAGCGCUUCCCCACCUUCUUCCGCACGCACCCGUCAGCCACACUGCACAACCCCACCAGGGUGCAGCUAUUCCAGAAGUGGAAGUGGACUCGCAUCGCCACCAUCCAGCAGACCACCGAAGUGUUCACCUCGACUCUGGAUGACCUGGAGCAGAGAGUCAAGGAGGCUGGCAUCGAAAUCAGCGUCCGAACGAGCUUCCUCACCGACCCGGCUGUGGCUGUCAAAAACCUCAAGCGACAGGAUGCCAGGAUCAUUGUGGGGCUGUUCUACGAGACAGAAGCCAGGAAGGUGUUUUGCGAAGUGUUCAAAGAGAAGCUCUAUGGAAAGAAGUACGUGUGGUUCCUCAUCGGCUGGUACGCCGACAACUGGUUCAAGAUCAAGGACCCGGCCAUCAACUGCACAGUGGAGAACAUGACGGAGGCCGUGGAGGGUCAUGUGACCACGGAGAUUGUCAUGCUCAACCCCGAGACCGUCAGAGGUGUCUCUAACAUGACAUCACAAGAGUUUCUGGCUGCCUUGAUGUCUCGUCUGGGAGGAAUGAAUCCUGAAGAGACGGGCGGCUUCCAGGAGGCCCCUUUGGCCUACGACGCAGUCUGGGCCCUGGCGCUGGCCCUCAAUAAGACGGUGGCGCCGCUCAAGGCAAAAGGUCGGCGACUGGAGGACUUCAACUACAACAACCACGACAUCACGUCUGAGAUCUACCGGGCUCUCAACACCAGCUCCUUCGAGGGGGUUUCGGGUCAGGUGGUGUUUGACGCUCAGGGUUCCAGGAUGGCAAUGACCCUCAUUGAACAACUUCAAGGUGGCAGUUACAAGAAGAUCGGCUACUAUGACAGCUCUCAGAAGAACCUCUCCUGGUUUGGCAACGACGUCUGGAUCGGGGCGGGGCCACCAGCGGACCGGACCGUGGUGAAAGAACAGUACCGCUUCUUGUCGCAGAAGCUGUUUGCCGCUGUGUCGGUCUUCGCCGGCCUUGGCAUCCUGCUGGGCAUCGUGUGUCUGACCUUCAACAUCUACAACAGCAACGUGCGCUACAUCCAGAACUCCCAGCCCUACCUGAACAACAUGACGGCAGCUGGCUGUAUGAUGGCGCUUGCUGCUGUCUUCCCGCUUGGCAUCGACGGCCACCACGUACACCGCUCGCAGUUCCCUGUCGUCUGCCAGUUCCGCCUGUGGCUCCUCGGCCUGGGAUUCAGCCUGGCCUAUGGCAGCAUGUUCACUAAGAUCUGGUGGGUCCACACGCUCUUCACCAAGAAAGACGAGAAGAAAGAGAAAAAAAAGCAGCAUUUGGAGCCAUGGAAACUGUAUGCAACUGUGGGAGUGCUGCUGGCCGUAGACUUCCUCUCACUCGUCAUCUGGCAAAUUGUGGACCCGCUGCACAUCACUGUGGAGAAGUUCACCAGGGAGGCCCCCAAAGUGGACUCUGACGUGCUGAUCCAGCCGUUGUUGGAGCACUGCAGGUCAAAGAAGAUGAACACAUGGCUUGGCGUGGUUUACGGCUACAAGGGUCUGCUGCUGCUACUCGGCAUCUUUUUGGCCUACGAGACCAAGUCUGUCUCUACGGAGAAGAUUAACGACCACCGGGCGGUGGGGAUGGCCAUUUACAACGUGGCCGUCUUGUGUCUGAUCACAGCUCCGGUGACCAUGAUCCUUUCUGCGCAGCAGGACGCCUCCUUCGCAUUCGCCGCCCUGGCUAUCGUCUUCUCCGCUUACAUCACUCUAGUGGUGCUCUUUGUGCCAAAGAUGCGGCGCCUCAUCACGCGUGGCGAGUGGCAGUCGGAGCAGCAGGACACGCUAAAGACGGGCUCGUCUACCAACAACAACGACGAGGAGAAGUCUCGGCAGCUGGAACGGGAGAACAGGGAGCUACAGAAGAUCAUCCAGGAGAAAGAGGAGAGGGUGUCAGCACUCCGCAACCAGCUGGCCGAGAGACAAGCUCUCCGUAGCCGCCGCCGACCCUCCAUGGGUCAGAACCAGAACCACAACGCGCCACCAUCAUCCCAGACGGACCCCAAGUCUCUGCUUCCUCCGCCGGGCUACCCGAGCGCGGACAAUCACCCUCUGCCGCCUUCCUUCUCCAACUCGUCCAACUUGUACCCGGCCGAGAGCAAAAUGAGCCGCAACCACUGUCACAACAGCCAGAUCCCGCUCCUGUACAAGUAGGUAGGGCCUAACAAGUAGUUAAGGCGGGGGGGAGCAGGAAGCUUUGUCACGGAAAGCGGGACACCGCCGGAUACUGUGACUUUUUCGUUGUUCUGCCACACCACUUGGCGGCACACCGGCUGCCCCUUCGCCUGCACCCUUUCACUGCCGCCUUGAGUGGUAGCCACGGCAAUAAGCACAUGUCAGACUCGCAGCACAGGACCCCCCCCCCCCCCCCCCACCCCCCAUCGAUGUUAUCCUCCUCCCCGACCCUUUUAUGUGGAGGCAUCACGUGUGCUGGAGCGUCUGUCCAGUGCUACACACACACACACAAACACAUUGAUGUUCUCUGUGGUCCUGUAGUCCUAAUUUGGUCAGUUCUGUGUUCACGCGGCUGUGAGAGGUGAAAUAGCCAUAAGACUCGAGGCAAAACGAGGAGCACAUGUCCGAAUACAAAUCAAAGACAAACAUUUUCAUAGCAGACAAUGACAUUUUCCUGCAUGCCUACUUGUGUAAAUAAACACUGAAAGCACAGGUUUUUUUUUAAUUCAGCAGAUGACUCGCCUCCUAAUUGUUUCUUUUAAUACUUUUAAUCAGACAAUCUACUUUUUGUUUUCCUUUAACAGCCAGGGAACCACUUGUCUAUUGUUUCAGUGUGUACUUUAUGAGUCCACGUUUCUUGUGGUUGUUGUUAUGAUCUAUGUUAGCUCAGGGCGCGGGUAAACUAAACGAAUGGAAAAGGCCAUACUUAUUCUACUCAUGAAGACACGCGGUUGUCAGUGUAACAUAUGAAUGCAGAACCACGCCAGAAAACUUGCACACGCAAGCGUAAUAUAUUACCUAGGAUCAUAAAUGUUGAUAUAUUUCAGAGUAUGUGUAUGCAAAAUAUGUGAGUACCAUGAAUAAAAGGUGUCUUUUGAUGUUUGAUUAAUUUUUAGUGCCAUUGCAAAUAAAUAUACAUUUAAAUAUU